AUGAUUGGCUCAGGCAUCUUCAUCUCCCCUAAAUCUGUGCUACUGUACUCCGGGGCAGUGGGGCCCUGUCUCUUGAUCUGGGUCGCUUGUGGGGUCCUGUCCACUCUUGGAGCACUGUGCUAUGCUGAACUUGGCACCAUGAUAACAAAGUCUGGGGCAGAGCAUUCUUACCUGCUGGAAAGUUUUGGUUCUAUUGUUGCAUAUCUGUACUCCUGGACCACAGUUAUGGUUCUGAAGCCCUCCUCUUUUGCAAUCAUUGCUCUGAGUUUUGCAGAAUAUGCCUCCGCUCCCUUCUACCCCGGGUGCACUCCUCCAGUGGUCGUUACCAAAUGCCUCGCCACGGCUGCAACGUUUUCAAUUGUCACAGUCAACUGUUUAAGUGUCAAAUUAGCAAGUUAUGUGCAAAAUAUCUUCACUGCAGCCAAACUAGUGAUCAUUGCCGUCAUUGCUGUGGCUGGCAUCGUGAUGCUCUGUCAAGGAAGAACAGAACAUUUUUCCAAUGCAUUUGAAACCUCGUCAGUAUCUUUAGGUUCCAUUGGUCUUGCAUUUUACAACGGUCUCUGGGCAUAUGAUGGAUGGAACCAAUUGAACUUCAUUACAGAAGAGUUACAAGAUCCUCAUAGGAAUCUCCCCCUGGCAAUUAUAAUCGGUAUUCCUCUGGUGACGGUGUGUUAUGUGUUGAUCAAUGUGGCUUAUUUUACUGUCAUGGCGCCCAGUGAGCUGCUGCUUUCUCCAGCUGUUGCGGUGACCUUUGGAGACCGAGUUCUUUACCCCAUGUCAUGGAUUGUUCCACUUUUUGUUGUCUUUUCCACAUUUGGAUCGGCCAAUGGAAGUUGCUUCACUGCUGGCAGACUAGCAUUUGCAACUGGUAGAGAAGGCCACAUGGUAAAAAUAUUAUCCUAUAUCAACCUCAAACGCUUUACACCAGCACCUGCACUGAUUUUUAAUGGUCUUUUGUCUCUACUUUACAUCAUCCCUUCAGACAUUAACACCCUGAUUAACUACUUCAGUUUUGCUCAGUGGUUCUUCUAUGGCCUGACAGCCUUAUCCCUCAUUGUGAUGCGCUUCACAAGAAAGGAACUCCACAGGCCAGUCAAGGUGCCGGUUGUUUUGGCAGUGCUCAUGACACUGGUGUCCUUCUACCUGGUGCUGGCUCCGAUCAUUGAUAAACCAGAAAUAGAGUAUGUCUAUUGCACUGCUUUCAUUUUAUUUGGACUCAUCCUCUAUUUUAUCUUUGUCCAUAAGCAAGUCACUUGGGCCCAUAACAUGAUGAGACCCAUCACCAUGCAUCUGCAGCUGCUCUUGGAAGUCGUCCCACCUGAGAAAUUUGAAUAA